AUGUUUGGACGUGGUUUCGCGCUGGGCUUCUUCUUCUUCACAAUCAGCCAGAUCUUCCUCCAUUCAAUCAUACAGCUCACUAUACCCCCUCUUAAACCCGACUUUGCUGGUAUAAUUCUCGACAUUGUGGUCCAGCCGCGCUUCAUAGUCGUCACAACCUUAUUCACUUGCUACACUCUUUUCCGGCGCCUGGCUGGUUCUAACGAAGAGCGCGGAAGUCAGCCUAACAAGUUCAUACGGAGCCUGCCCUUAUGGUAUUAUCUUGCCCGUUACUUUCCCGUCUCCCUUGUAGCAAGUGACGAAUUAAGAGAGUACGCCAGGGCUCAUAGCCUCUCUGAGAUUAAGGACAUGUCAGAUGAAAAAUCGGUCAAAAUGCCUUUGGACAGAAACUAUCUGGUAGGCUGUCAUCCACAUGGUAUAUUCUCAACAGGGGCAUUUUUGAACUUCUCUACCGAUGCGACUGGCUUUUCAGACCUCUUCCCUGGGAUAAAUCGCUACCUGGCUGUACUGAAACUCCACUUUUUAGCAGUGCUCUACAGGGAUUUCGUAAUGAGGCUCGAAACACCUUCCGCAAAUCAUGAGGUGCUCUGUUCCAAGUUUUCUGCUGUGAAUCGUUUUCUAUCCUCCCUUACAGAUGGGUAG